GCUGCGCUCUGCACAGGGACGCGGCGGCUUUGCCAGAUGUGGUCCGCGUGAUGGUCACCAGCCGGCCAGCUGUCGCCUCCUCCAGCUCGAUGCCUCAGCUCGAGUGACCUGCAUGUGGAACUGGAAUAAAGGCCGAUUCGCUUUAUUUAUACCGCAACAAGCUGCGAUAGAAACGGGGGCGGCUGCAGCCACAGCGGGGUAGCUAGCUUCCUCAGCUGGCCAUUUCACCCAUAUUUUUUUAACUUAAGAAUGUAAUCCAUCGUGUAAGAAAAUGAACGGACUUUGGAGGUGCAUUCAUGGCCACUUGAAAUAGUUGUUUUUGACUUCACGAAUGAUGGAAAAUAGGAGCCAAGAGGAGCAGGAAACAAUGUUAUUAUUAGACAGUUAGCUAACGUUAGCUCAGCUAGCUGUUAGAUAACUGCUUCAAAUUAGUGGGCUGAGUUAGCUCGAGCUAACUCAGCCCACUAAUUUAAAUAGGAAUAGACAUUAUUCCACUUUGUUUGCUGUCCAACGGGUACAUUUGCUGAGCGACAGGCGUUUUCCAGGGAAACGCAUUCAACGUUUACCCAAUUGUCUGCAGUUGACUAGAGAAGCUAGCUCGCCAGCGGUUGAGCCGCUCGGCUGAACUCGUUGCCUCAGUCCGCGCUGGUGUCACUGCGAUCGCUCGGCUGCAGAAGUCAACCCGCAAACAUAGCUUUACUACCGGACGACAGCCAUGGCCCGAGAAGCGUUUCCAUUGCAUGUUCUGGUGUGGAACAACCAAUACCUGGAGCUCGAGCUCGAGCUGCAGAAGGACGAGCAGGAUGUGGAGCGCCUCGAUCCGAGGGGGCGCACCCCGCUGCAGCUGGCCGUGUGUCUGGGCCACCUGGAGUCCACCCGGGUGCUGCUCCGGCGCUCUGCGGACACCACGCGCAACAACGCGCAGGGCUGGACCAUCUUGCAGGAGGCGGUGAGCACCGGGGACCCUGAGCUGGUUCAGCUGGUGCUCCAGUACAGAGACUUCAAACGAGCCACUGAGAGAUUGGCGGGCAUCCCAGAGCUGCUCAGCAAACUGAGACGGGCCCAGGACUUCUAUGUGGAGAUGAAGUGGGAGUUCACCAGUUGGGUGCCCUUGGUGUCAAAGGUGUGUCCCAGCGACGUCUACAGGGUGUGGAAGAGUGGCUCGUGCCUCCGUGUGGACACCACCCUGCUGGGCUUCGAACACAUGACCUGGCUGAAAGGACGACGCAGCUAUAUCUUCAAGGGUGAAGAUGAAGGUGCUGUGGUGAUGGAGGUGGACCAUGAGAAGCAGGUGGUGUACACAGAGCCACUGGUGCUGUCUCCCCGGGACGCGCCCUCCCUCCUAGCAGCCAUGCAGCCGUCACAGGAGAACACAGCCCAAAGACUCACAACGCCCAUCGUCUCCACGCACCUCAACACACGCAACAUUGCCUUUGAACGGAACAAGUCGGGAAUCUGGGGCUGGCGUUCUGAGAAGAGUGAAGCGGUCAGCGGGUACGAAGCGAAGGUUUACAGUGCUGCCAAUGUGGAGCUGGUGACUCGGUCAAGGACAGAGCAUCUAUCAGACCAGGAUAAGUCGAGGAGCAAAGGCUCAAAGACUCCUCUGCAGUCCUUCCUGGGGAUUUCUGAACAACACGCAGCUCCCAACGGGAGUAACGUGUCCCAGUGUGCCAGUCCUCACAACCCGACAGCCAUCACAGCCGACGAGUACUUCAACCCAGAGUUCAACCUGAACAGCCGGGACAUCGGACGUCCCGUCGAGCUUUCCAGCAAAGUCCAGAGGUUUAAAGCGACACUGUGGUUGAGUGAGAGUCACCCCCUGUCCCUGGCCGAGCAGGUGACGCCCAUCAUCGACCUUAUGGCCAUCUCCAACGCCCACUUUGCCAAGCUGCGUGACUUCAUCACUCUGCGCCUGCCGCCAGGCUUCCCUGUCAAGAUAGAGAUUCCCUUGUUUCACGUGUUGAAUGCCAGAGUGACUUUCAGUAAUCUGUGUGGCUGUGACGAGCCGGUCAGCUCUGUGACGGUUCACACACCAGAGGGCUCCGAAGAAGCUGGUCAAGCUCCACCUCCCUUCCACUGUGAGGUGGACCCCUCGGUGUUUGAGCCCCCCGCAGACUACACCACCCUCGGUCCAGGCCGCAGCGAGCCAAUGAGGGACGAGGAUGACAACCUACUGCAGUUCGCCAUCCAGCAGAGCCUGCUGGACGCCGGCACAGAAAGCGAGCAGGUGACCAUCUGGGAGGCCCUGACCAACAGCCGCCCGGUGCCCCCAUCUCCGUUGUUUGAGGAAGACCCUCAAGUUGAGAGGGCACUCCAGGAGUCUCUGACCAUCUCGCUGGGCAGCGCAGAGGGAGAUGACACUGCCGCCCCGGACCAGCCUGCCGCCGUGUCCCCGUCUGACCCCACACCCACCGCAAACUCCCCGCUCUCCUACAGCACAGUGACCAAUCCGCGGUUGUCGGGACAUUUCGGUGUGGCGUCAAGCUUCGACGAGCAGCUGCGUAUCGCCAUGGAGAUGUCGUGCCGGGAGCAUGAGGAGAUAGACAGGAAGCAAAAAGAAGAAGAGGAUGAGCUGGACAGGAUCCUGCAGCUGUCACUUACUGAAAAGUAAUGUCAAAACAACAGCAACAACAACAACAACAACAACAAUGGAAGUGUCUUCAUUGGGGAACAAUCUUCUUAAUUUAUUGUGUUUUUAGUUUUUGAAAUCCUGAGAUGUUAAGUUAUUCCAGAUAUUUUAUUUGUCUUUCUCACACAAAGGCUGCUUCAACAUAUUAUAAAGGACCUGAACUGAAGAGGUGGGAGGGAUGAAGAGAAACUCGCGACAGUGACAACUAAAUAGAGGGAGUCUUUGUUUUUGUAUUGACUAUUUUUCAGUCUUGUUGUCUUUGAGUGACAAAUGAUCCUUAAACUUGCUAAUCCUAUAACCUGUUCCAUGAUAAUUAUUUUUAAAAAAUGAAAAUACAAUCUUCGUGAAAUAACUUCUGAAAAAUAUGAUUAUAACAUUUAUGUUUGCUUUCUGUGUGAAAAAUAAAGAAUAAUGAUCAUCCUG